AUGUCGCUUUCACGUGCAGGACGUGGCUUGGUUGCUGCUGCCUUCCAGAUGCGUGAGGCGGGGUUGCUCAGCCCCUCGUCACUCAAGGCUUCUCGCGACUUCACUCAACAGCACGCGUCUGCAUGCCUCAUUACCAUGACUAGUCUUGCUUUCAACGGAACCCAAAGCGGUGACCAGGAUUUCGUGGUCAGCGGCUUCUACGGUCCAGGCGGAUGGGCAGCCUGGUGCAUCAGUCUCGCCGCGUCUUGGGCACCGAUUCUGCUCAAGGACUACACGCACAACUUCCACUUCAUCGCUACUGCGCUAUACAUGAACUGGGCGGCUAUGGACUCUUUCCGAUUUCUGUCCUUGCGACAAAAGUUCGAUGAACUGGCUGCAAAGAAGGAGAAGUUAGACCGAGAUCGCUUCUUCAGUAUUGAGAACGGAACAGACACAUUAAUCGUUCAAAAACACUGGACAUCGAACUUGGAUGAAACUGGACUACGGGGUGUCUUUGCAAUACCUAGAAUGCAAAAGGUUACAAGAGACAUUCAAGGGGCCGAACUUCAUUCCCCAAAUAUGACAAUUCCUGGACUAUGGGACUUGUACACGGUGCCUACAACAAACGAUCUUACGAGUCAACUUCAACUAGUCGAAACCCAAAUCGACAACAUGACAGAAAACCUUCAAAGAGAAGAGUCCUUGAUCUGGAACCAAGCGCAUCAUUUGCAGGCAACACUGGCAGUUCUGAACCUUGGCAUGCUGCAUUCCUGGGUGCAACUGUUGGUCUGCAUAUGGAAGCCUCACAAAGUCACACCCACGGAGACAGCGCCAUCAUGCAGAAGGCGGAAUUUGAUCACUCUCAUGGGCCUUGUUCUUCCUUCGAUCGUACAAUUGACAGAUUUACUGUUCCAUAAUGGAGACAUCAUAAAUGGAUGGUCGGCGCCCAUAGUGUGGACCAUGGGAAUCAUGAUAACGACUAGUUGGUGUCUUCAGUACACCAGAAUUCUUGCUCCGCUACUACCUGGCCGGGGCACUAUGCUCAAGUGCAUCUUUGCAUCAGUCUGGGCACUUGCUGUCGUAGGGCUGUACGCGCUCUAUUUCUGCUCACUUCCAUGUAUAUGGGUCAAGGGACCGCGAUGCGGCUUGAUACCACACACGCCUUCUAAGAUCACGGAGAUGGACCAGGCAUUCGCUUUAUUCGCUGCACUUCUUUAUUUCGUCUAUGACUUUCGUUCGUUGUUAGUUAUGUUCUUCAAGUUUCUAAGGCUUCAUUUUGAGAAGCUACUUUUUGGGGCUCAGGCUCAUCACAACACAUGGGCUGGCAAGCCGCUUGGGCUGCCGUAUUGA